AUGCGCCCGGAUUCCGAACCCGGUCCAGCUUCUAACGCAGCCGACCCCGGUCUUCUCUUCGACCUUGCCCCCCUCGCGCUCCUCGCCCUCUCUCCGGAUUGGCGGAUCACCAAGACUUCGGCUCUCUUCUUAGCUGACUGGGGCGUGUCCGUGACCGAUUGCGUCGGCGAGGAACUACUUCCGUUCGUGGCGGCCCAGCUGCGGCCCACCAGACCGACCCAGCUCGCGCAGCUCACCACCUCCAUCGACGACGCCCUCGCGGCUCGGGCCGAGCGAUCGACGGGGCCUAUCAGUACCAGUUACGGUGCCUCGUGGCGGGCCCGCAUUAUCCCCAUCUUCAGGCAAGAUGAGCUGCUGUCCAUCAUUCUAGAGUGGCACGACGGCCUCGGCAGCCCCGUCGAGACAGACUUUGGCAAAUCGGGGUUCUCGACGGACGAAGCGUUCCGCCUUUUGGUCCAGAACGUCAAGGACUACGCCAUCUGCCUUCUUGAUCCUAGGGGCCACAUCAUAACGUGGAACGCCGGGGCCGAGCUGCUCCAGGGCUACACGCGGGACGAGAUCAUCGGCAAGCACUUUUCGGUCUUUUACGGCAAGGCGGACUUGGACAUCAAGAAGCCGCAAGUGGAACUCGACAUCUGCAUACGCGAAGGCCGCAUCGAGGAUGAGGGCUGGCGCUGCCGCAAAGAUGGCAGCCAGUUCUGGGCCGACAUCGUCAUGACAACUGUCUACAAGGACGGCCUGCAUGUGGGGUUUGGCAUAGUCACGCGCGAUCUGACGGAGCGCAAGUCGGCCGAGUCACGGCUUAUCGCGGCGUAUGAGGAGAGCGAGAAGCUCAAGUCUGACUUCCUAGCCAACAUGAGCCACGAGAUCCGGACGCCCAUGCACGGCAUGCUGGCCGCGUGCGCCUUACUCCUCGAUACGGCGCUGACGACGAAGCAACGUGAGAUGGUCGGCGUCAUGGAGGAGUCUGGCCAGGUGCUGCUGCAAGUCAUUGACGAUAUUCUCGAUUAUUCCAAGCUCACGUCGGGGAACUUUUCCAUGCAAUCCGGCCUCGUUGGCGUCACCGGCAUUAUUACUUCCAUGGUGCGCAGCUUGCGGGACACGUCGGCCCCCGCGGUCCACUUCGAGCUGUUUCUGGACCCCGAUCUUCCCAGGUCGGUACAGGGCGAUCCACUGCGGUACCGGCAGAUCCUGCAGAACCUUGUUUCAAAUGCGGCCAAGUUUACCGACAAGGGGAGCAUUCGGGUUGCGGCGUCGGUUGAGAGCGAAGACGACAGCGGGUACACAAUCUUGACUGAGGUCACCGACACGGGCAUCGGGAUCCCCGAAGACGCUGCGGCCAACCUGUUUACCCCCUUUACGCAAUUUGAUGGCACCACGACCAAGCGAUACAAGGGCACGGGGCUGGGCCUAUCGAUUGCCAAAUCGUUGGCCGAGCUGAUGGACGGCCGGAUCGGCUAUCGCCCAAACCCGGACCGGCAAGGAAGCGUGUUCUGGUUUACAGCCCACUUCAAAAAGAUCCAGACGCUUGAAGGUAUGCAAGAGCGCAGGACAACGAUGGCUCUCGAGGGCAACAGCGGCGAACCACCUCCACCCCGAUCGAACGAGGUCGACAGCGAUCUCCUGGCUGAGAUCCAGGCGGCGUCGCCCACAAAACACAUGCUGGUGGUCGAGGACAACCUGAUCAACCAAAAGGUCAUGGUGGGCAUGCUCCGCGCGCUAAGCUUCCAACACAUCGAGCUGGCCUCGAACGGCCUGGACGCCGUGAAAAUGGUCCGCCGCAAGCCGGCAGCCUACGACAUGGUCCUGAUGGACAUCAGCAUGCCGGUCAUGGACGGCAACAAGGCGGCCCGGGAGAUCCGCGCGGCCGGCAUCCUCCUGCCAAUCGUCGCCAUGACGGCGCAUGCGCUCAAGGGGGACCGCGAACGGUGUCUAGAGCACGGCAUGAACGAUUACAUCGCCAAACCAGUCGACAAGAAGCUGCUGGUUCGGCUUCUGGUCAAGUGGUUGCUGCGGACGACGGAUUACCGCAAGAAUCAUGAGGAACGUUUGGCGGAGCUGCAGCGGUACCGGCAGGAUAUGGGACAGGCCUUGACGCCGAGCAUGGAGGGGCAGCCCUUCUCGUGUCAGGUACCCGAUGGCAUUGGGACCCCGGGAUCACCAAGUUCUCCGGGUCCUUUUUCCGCCGGGUUUGUCCCGCCGAAGGGGUUUGAUGAUCUGCCGGAUGGACCAGCUGGGCAUACCGAGUUCACAACGGACAAGUCGGCCCACUCCACCACGAAUAAAGCCGGUCCUGCGCUAGCAGAGCGUCCCAGAUUCACCCAGGCGUCAACACCCAUUCGGCUGAGUGACCGGGCGAUGCGUCAGGCACAGGACGAAGACAAAGUUGCGGGGCGGUCGGUCUCGGGUGAGUCUGUCGCGACGGAAACAUCGGGCGAUGGGAACCGAGCGUAG